AUGCGUCUCCUCCCCCUCAUCUUAACGCUCGGCGUCCUCGCCCGUGCCCAAAGCAACACAACCGAACCCACCGUUACCGCUUCGUCGCCAUCCGCCGAGUCCUCUCCGUCGGAAACGGCAUCGGACACUGCUUUGUGGACCGCGCCCGCAUCUGUCAAUGAGACGAGCACUGCCGAUGUGCCGACUGCGACCGACUCUACAGCCACUGGCUUGGAGUCCGCAGGUAACGGUACAGCGGUUCCUUCGCCCACCGUCACCGAUCUUUCAAACGGGACUACUGUUGGUGCUGACACUGCGACGCUCACCACCGCCCCGGAGGCUAGCUCUACGACGGCCGCUGCGGCGGCUGAGUGCUCGUUCUGCACCGUCCCAGCCGGUUACACCAGUGAGGAUGUUCCCGCCCCACUCGACAUUGAGGACAGCUUCAGUCCUGCGUGGCGCAAGGCCCACCGCAAGGCAGCUGCCUACCUCAAGGGAUGGACCAACGAGGACAAGGUGAAGCUUGCAACUGGUGAAGGGUGGAUGGUCGGCCGCUGUGUCGGUAACACUCCUCCCGUGGCGGAGCGUAACUGGACCGGACUGUGUCUCCAGGACGCUCCGCUCGGCGUGCGCUUUGGCGAUUUCGUCAGCUACUUCCCUCCAGCCAUCAACGUUGCUUCCACCUUCGACAAGUCUCUCAUGUACAAGCGUGGAUAUGCCAUGGGCCAAGAGCAUCGCGGCAAAGGAGUCAACAUCCAGCUCGGCCCCAUGACCAACAUGGGUCGUGUCGCUGCCGGCGGUCGUAACUGGGAAGGGUUCGGUGCGGACCCCUAUCUUUCUGGACAUGGCACCUACCAGACCGUCAAGGGUAUCCAAAAGGCGGGCGUGCAGGCAUGUGCCAAGCACUUUAUCCUCAACGAACAAGAGCGCAACCGUACCACCUCGAGCUCCAACGUCGACGACCGCACCCUGCACGAGUUCUACCUCCACCCAUUCUUGCGUGCGGUUCAGGCCGACGUGGCAUCCUUCAUGUGCAGCUACAACCUGAUCAACGGAAGCUGGGCGUGCCAGGACUCGAAGACGCAGAACGGUAUCCUCAAGACUGAGCUCGGCUUUGGAGGUUUCAUCAUGAGUGACUGGGACGCCACGCAUUCAGGUGUCCUCUCUGUUCAGAAUGGCCUCGACAUGACUAUGCCAGGAGACAUUGGAUACAGUGGAGGUCUCACGACCUUCUUUGGCGCAAACCUCACAAACUCGGUCACCAACGGAAGCAUCCCCCAGGCGCGUCUUGACGAUAUGGCUCAGCGCAUCGUUGCCGCUUGGUACCUGGUCGGCCAGGACAAGGGCAACUAUCCGGCCGUCAACUUUGACAGCUGGACGACCACCGGUCCCAACAACAGCCACGUCGAUGUCCAGGGCGACCACUACAAGCUCAUUCGUCACAUUGGUGCUUCGUCCGUCGUCCUUCUCAAGAACGUCGACAACGCCUUGCCCCUCGUCAAGCCCAAGUCGAUCGCCGUCAUCGGCUCCGACAUGGGCCCAUCAACCAGGGGCCCCAACGGCUACUCUGACCGCGGUGGUGAUGAGGGAACUCUGGCUUCUGGCUGGGGCUCUGGUACCACCAACUUCCCGUACCUUGUCGAUCCGCUCGAGGCCAUCUCCCUUCAGGCGCGCAAGGACCACUCGACUCUUGGCUGGUGGCUUCGUGACUGGGAGGUCGAGGGUGCCGCCACCCUCGCCGCUACCGCCGAGGUCGCCAUUGUCGGCAUCAACUCGGACAGUGGCGAAGAGUACAUCACCGUCGACGGCAACGUUGGCGACCGCAACAACCUGACCGCUUGGAACAACGGCGACGCUCUCGUCAAGGCUGUGGCUGCUGUCAACAACAACACCAUCGUUGUCGUUCACUCUGUCGGCCCAAUCAUCAUGGACUGGGCCGACCACCCGAACAUCACCGGUAUCCUUUGGGCCGGCCUCCCCGGUCAAGAGUCUGGUAACAGCCUCGUCGACGUCAUGUACGGCGCCUAUAACCCCUCUGGCCGCUUGCCAUACACCAUCGCGCGUAACCGCUCCGACUACCCGGCCGACAUUGACUAUGUCAACACCAACGACCCCGUCGAGACCAACGUCGAAUACACCGAAGGUCUGUUCGUCGACUACCGACACUUCCUCGCUCAGAACAUUACCCCGGCAUUCCCCUUCGGCUACGGUGGUAGUUACACCAACUUCUCGUACUCGAACAUCAAGGUCACCCCUCUUGGCCGCGGUAAGCGCGACUACGACUUGCACGACCGCGAGUCCAUUCCGGUCAACUCGUCUGUGAUCUCUGUGCACGAGUCCCAGACGGCCGCUCCUGCGACCAACACGGAUAUCAGCGCGGCUGGGAACAAUGUCACCGACCCCGCAGCCACGAAUUCUUCCGCGGGCGACAACAGCACCUCGACCCCUCUCACCGCUCAAGUUGGCACCUCUGUCUCGAAGAAGCUCCACAAGGCCCGUUGGUCCGUCUCUGCCGACAUUACCAACACCGGUGCCGUGAACGGCUGCGAGAUCCCGCAGCUCUACCUAUCCUUCCCCGAGGGAUCUGGCGAGCCGCCCCGCGUCCUGCGCGACUUUACGCGUAUCAACCUGGACGCCAACGCCACCAGCACUGUCACGUUCAAGCUCAGCAGGUAUGACGUUUCGAUCUGGAACGUUGUCGAGCAGGCAUGGACGAUCCCCAAUGGCACGUUUACCGCCAUUGUGGCGCGUCACUCGUUUGACGAGGACGGUGUCUCGGCCACAUUCACGCCCUAG